AAUGCAGCCUCAAAGAUUCCCUGGUCAAGGACCACCGAUGAGACCCUAUCAACAACAAGGAUACCCAGCUGGUCCAAGACCAGGUGGAUACCCAGGACAACAGAUGGGGCCUGGAGGACCACAGAGAAUGGGAGUUCCCCCUCAUGGGGGCAUGCCUCCACACCCAUACGCAGCUGGUGGAAAGGUCAAAGGUGACUCACAGAGUAUGCGACCAGGUAUGUCCCCAGGCAUGCCCCCACCCCCAGGGCCACCAGGCAUGCAGGGACCUAUGGAUCGGAAACGACCCCCAGACCCCCGGGCAGCCCAACACAUGAAGACGAAGAAGAAGAAGAAAGUUGCUGAUAAAAUUCUUCCUCAAAGAGUAAGGGACUUGGUGCCAGAGUCACAAGCCUAUAUGGAUCUGUUAGCGUUUGAGAGAAAACUUGACACAACCAUCAUGAGAAAGCGACUGGAUAUUCAGGAAGCUCUCAAACGACCAAUGAAGCAAAAAAGAAAACUUCGUAUUUUCAUUUCCAACACAUUCUACCCGGUCAAGCCUGAAGGGGAGGACGGAGAGGAAUCUGUAGCCUCGUGGGAGCUUAGAGUAGAAGGAAGGCUCCUUGAAGAUUCAAUGAGUGCUAAGCUUGGAAGUGACCCAGCCAAGGUCAAGAGAAAGUUUUCCUCUUUCUUCAAAAGUCUUGUAAUCGAGCUUGACAAGGACUUGUAUGGACCAGACAAUCACUUAGUGGAGUGGCACAGGACACCUACCACACAGGAAACAGACGGAUUCCAAGUGAAACGUCCAGGAGAUCAGAAUGUUAAAUGUACAGUUCUGCUAAUGCUGGACUAUCAGCCACCACAGUUUAAGUUAGACCAACGACUUGCCAGACUACUGGGUGUCCACACUCAGACUCGUCCUGUCAUUAUUAAUGCCCUCUGGCAAUACAUUAAAACACAUAAGCUGCAGGAUCCACAUGAACGAGAGUUCAUCAACUGUGACAAGUACCUGGAACAAAUAUUUGAGACACCGAGGAUGAAGUUUGCCGAGAUACCAGGGAAACUACACAGUCUACUGAUGCCGCCUGAUCCCAUUGUCAUUAAUCAUGUUAUUGUUGUGGAGGGACCAGAUUCGAGGAAGACUGCCUGUUAUGAUAUUGAAGUGGAAGUUGAUGAUACGCUGAAGCAGCAAAUGAACUCAUUCCUCUUGUCGACACAGAGUCAGCAAGAAAUAGCAAGCCUCGAUUCCAAGAUUCAUGAGACUGUGGAGACCAUUAACCAGCUGAAGACCAAUCGUGAAUUCUUCCUUAGCUUUGCCAAAGAUCCCCAGGAAUUCAUAAAUAACUGGCUCAUCUCCCAAACACGUGACCUUAAGACAAUCACAGAUGUUGCUGGCAACCCAGAGGAGGAGAGACGAGCUGAUUAUUACUACAAACCGUGGUCUCAGGAGGCGGUUUGUCGAUACUUCUAUGGCAAGGUACAGCAAAGACGAAUGGAAUUGGAGCAGGCACUGGGUAUACGCAAUACAUAACACACCCAUCAUCAUCAUCAUCGUCGUCAUCGUCAUCUAGACAUUCAUUCAGCAGGCUCUCACCAUGUCUGUGUGGCAGAUUUAUAGACUGGAGCAUUUUCUGUUAGGAUUGUUUGGUAGUAGAUAUUGUGCUGUGCUGGCCAAGGACAACAACAAUUUCAUAUGUAUUGUAGAUAAAGUCUGGGAUCUAGAUAAAGUAGGGUCUAGACUAGGUAAAGUUCUGGAUCUAGACUGUAGAUAAAGUAUGGGAUCUAAAUUAUAGAUAAAGCCAAGUUUUAUUUAAGUCCACUCUAUAGACUUCUGGGUUGAGAUCAAGCCAGUUGUGAUAGAUUACUUGGAGUGGAUUUGCAUGCUUCAUAAAUAGAGUUUGCAACAAAAAAAGAGAGAAAACAAUUCUAGUUUUAAUUAAGGAUGUAUCUGGAUGGAUACUUUUAUAAACGUAAAAAUCACCAGUGGACAAAAGAUCAUUUAACUUGUUGAGAUCUAUUGUAUACCAAGACUAGGAAUAUGUGAAUGAAUUUAACUCUGUCAUACUUCAGAUAUCAUCAGGACAAAUGUCCUGUUAAAAUCAUCAUUUUGUUCUAUUCAUGUUGCACUUAUUUUUGUAGUCUGACAAAGUGUCUGGAUAAAACUUGUAUAUUUGAUGUACAUAUUACAGGAAAUAAAUCUCGUGACACUGUG